UCUACGCUUUUGAUUUGGAAUGGCAUUAUCGUGACCCUACUUUUAGGGGAAUCGUCAUUUCCACACCCUCUGGUUUUAAUUUUGAAAGCUCUUAUCCCUAUAGGUCACGCAUUUAUACUCGUUUCGACUUUGUGUUUGAUAUGUGCAUCGUCAAAUGCUGGAGUGAUGAUACAGAUCGCAUUUUCAAUGGCUUUCAAUGGUGUAUCCUCCUUCUUUUUGACAAGACGUGCAGCAUACCUGGAUGCAACUCAGAAGUUUUGGUCUACGGUUACAUCGAAGAAUUAGAUUUGUGUUUCGCUUUGAAUGGGAAGAUGAAGAUGUUCCUGCUGCUGGUGGUGCACCUCCUCCUCCAGUUUCAGCGGCGGAUUCUGCAGUGGCUGGUGGUGCACCUCCUCCUCCAGUUUCAGCGGCGGAUUCUGCGGUGGCUGCCGCCACCUCCGCUCAAGAAGCUAAUAAUUAUGUACAACAGGCCAAUACAGCAAGAAUCGAAGCUCAGGCACAUGCAAAUGUUGCCAUGGAAGAAGCAGCUCGUGCAACAGAUGCCAAAGAGAGAGCAAAUGUUGAAUGUGCAGCGGCCGCUGAUCUUGGUGCUAGGGCUGCGGUGACAGAGGUUUUAUUUACGUUUAGUCCUGAUGAUAUUAGUACAUGUUGCUUGCUUUCUAUAGAAUGGUUUCUUCUUACUUACCAUUUCUAUAGGAUUAAAUCUGAUCUUUUGUUUGUAUUUCUCCAAAUAAAUUGGUACUUCUUUUUUACCAUUUCUUUUGGAUUAAAUAUGAUUGUGUGUAUUUCUGCAUUUGUUCUGCACAAUAAACCUUAUUACAGAUCUAGUGAGAAAUAA